GGGCCAAAGAGAGAGAGAGUGUGUAAGUGUGUGCGAGGAGGACUCUGCACGGAGGGGUCAGCAAACUGUUGCAAACUCCCCGGACCGACCCUGCGACCCACCGAGAGGACGAGCGAGCGAGAGCUCCCCGAGUCAUCGCAGCCUGUGACCGCGCUCGAGCACAGGGAAAGCCGCGCGGCAGUCGUCGCCACACGAAGGGUGUUGAAGAUGGCAGUGUGGAUCCAGGCCCAGCAGCUCCAGGGAGAUGCUCUCCACCAGAUGCAAUCUCUCUACGGUCAGCACUUUCCCAUCGAAGUGCGACAUUAUCUGUCGCAGUGGAUCGAGAGCCAACUCUGGGACAACAUGGACUUGGAGAACCCGCAAGAGGAAUUCAAGGCCAAACGCUUGUUAGACGGGCUGAUCCAGGAGCUGCAAAACAAAGCGGAACACCAGGUGGGCGAGGAUGGCUUCUUGCUUAAAAUCAAACUGGGACACUACGCCAGCCAACUCAAGAGCACGUAUGACAGAUGUCCUCUGGAGUUGGUGCGCUGCAUCAAGCACAUCCUCUACACCGAGCAGCGACUCGUGCGGGAGGCCACCAAUUGCAGCUCCCCGGUGGGCGGACUGUUGGACAGCAUGUCUCAGAAGUACCAGCAGAUCAACCAGGCCUUCGAGGAGCUGCGACUGCUCACGCAGGACACGGAAAAUGACCUGCGCAAGCUCCAGCACAACCAGGAGUACUUCAUCAUCCAGUACCAGGAGAGCCUGCGCAUCCAGGCUCAGCUAUCCAGCCUUGCCACACUGCCCCCUGCUGACCGACAGUUACGAGAGCCCGCCUUGCUGAACAAGAGAGCCACCGUGGAAGCGUGGCUGACAAGGGAGGCCAACACACUACAGAAGUACAGACUGGACUUGGCGGAGAAGCACCAGAAAACAUUGCAGCUGCUGAGGAAACAGCAGACGGUCAUCCUGGACGACGAGCUGAUCCAGUGGAAGAGACGGCAACAGCUGGCAGGCAACGGUGGCCCGCCAGAGGGGGGCAUGGAUAUCCUGCAGUCGUGGUGCGAGAAGCUGGCAGAAACAAUCUGGCAGAACCGGCAACAGAUCCGGAGAGCAGAGCACCUCAGACAACAGCUGCCCAUCCCCGGUCCUAUCGAAGACCUCCUCAAUGAACUCAACAGCACUAUCACAGACAUCAUCUCAGCUUUGGUCACAAGCACCUUCAUUAUUGAAAAACAGCCCCCCCAGGUGCUCAAAACCCAAACCAAGUUCGCCGCCACCGUGCGCCUCCUGGUCGGCGGCAAGCUGAACGUGCACAUGAACCCACCCCAGGUCAAGGCAACCAUCAUCAGCGAGCAGCAGGCCAAGGCGCUCUUGAAGAACGAGAACACCAGGAAUGACAGCAGUGGAGAAAUUCUGAACAACAACUGCGUGAUGGAGUAUCACCAAACCACGGGCACACUCAGCGCUCACUUCAGAAACAUGUCCUUGAAAAGGAUUAAGCGGUCGGACAGGAGAGGAGCCGAGUCGGUCACGGAAGAGAAGUUCACCAUUCUUUUUGAGUCCCAGUUCAGCGUCGGAGGAAAUGAGCUCGUCUUCCAAGUGAAGACGUUAUCGCUGCCUGUUGUGGUGAUAGUCCACGGGAGCCAAGAUAAUAAUGCCACGGCGACGGUGCUGUGGGACAACGCUUUUGCCGAGCCUGGCCGCGUGCCUUUCCUGGUCCCGGACAAGGUGCUCUGGCCUCAGCUGUGCGAAGCCAUUAACAUGAAAUACAAGGCGGAGGUGCAGAGCAACCGCGGACUCUCUGAGGAGAACCUGGUCUUCCUCGCCCAGAAGGCUUUCGGCAGCUGCAGCACCAGCAUCGAAGACGAUCGCAAUAUGACCAUGACCUGGUCACAGUUUAACAGAGAAAGUCUGCCUGGCAGGAACUUCACGUUUUGGCAGUGGUUUGACGGCGUGAUGGAGCUAACCAAGAAGCAUCUCAAGCCGCACUGGAAUGACGGCGCCAUACUGGGCUUUGUAAACAAGCAGCAGGCUCAAGACAUGCUGAUGUCCAAACCCAACGGCACUUUCCUCCUGCGCUUUAGCGACUCUGAGAUCGGAGGGGUCACCAUCGCCUGGGUGGCCGAAAACCCCAACAAAGCAGGCGAGAGAAUGGUGUGGAACCUCAUGCCCUACACAACCAAAGACUUUACCAUUCGCUCUCUGGCCGACCGCAUCAGCGAUCUCAACCACCUCCUCUUCCUCUACCCCGACAGGCCCAAGGACGACGUCUUCUCCAAGUAUUACACCCCUCCCCUCUCCAAGGCGGUGGACGGCUACGUGAAGCCGCAAAUCAAACAAGUGGUGCCUGAGUUUACAACGGCCAAUCCCGAUCCAACGAGCGGUAACGCCACCUACAUGGAUCACAGCGCCUCUCCGGCUCCCGUCAGUCACCCUCACGCUUACGGCUUGUACCCACCCAUGAGUGAACCCAUGUUGGACGCUGACGGAGAUUUCGACCUGGACGACACCAUAGACGUGGCGCGCCACGUGGAGGAGCUGCUACGACGGCCUGUGGAGAGCCACUGGGGCGGCCAGCAGUCGACCAUGGCGGGGCUCCACGCUUCUUCGGAUCCAUCGGGACAUUUUCUGGACUUGAGCCGGUCGACGCAAGCCUCCGCCGCUGCAGGGUUCGGCGGCGGUGGAGGCGGGGCCACCCGGCCCUACUUGGAGGUGUCGGCCGACGCUGCCCGGAGCUUCGGAGCCGAUGGAGUGUACAGCAACGGCCGGUACCGGGAACUGAGCAGCCCGACGGUAGGCGUUCGCAGCCGGGAUCCGUCCACGGAGAGGAGCCAGGGAGGAGCGAACACACCUUGCGGCAUCAUGAAGGAUGGGUCCAAACAGAGGCAAGUGAGGAAAAAGACGGUUUCCUUCAGCUCCAUGCCGAGCGACCGCAAGAUCAACAGCACAGCGGCGUGCAUGGCCUUCAUGAUGGAAGGCUGCGAGAUGAAGAAGGUGCGCUCCAACUCGCGCAUGUACAACAGGUACUUCCUGCUGGACCCGGACAUGCACUGGCUCCGCUGGGAACCCUCCAAGAAAGACUCAGAGAAGGCCAAGCUGGAGAUCAAGAGCAUUAAGGAGGUCCGAUUAGGGAAGAAGACUCCGGUCCUUCGCAGCAACGGGCUCUCUGAUCAGUUCCCGGAUGAGUGCGCCUUCUCCAUCAUCUACGGGGACAACUACGAGUCGCUGGAUUUGGUUGCCAGUACGGCCGACGUGGUCAGCACCUGGGUGAUGGGCCUGAGAUACCUGGUGUCUUACGGCAGGCACCCCGUCGACAUGGUGGAGCCCAGCCAGCCCAGCGUACGGACAUCUUGGAUCAGCUCGGUCUUUGAGCUGGCAGACAUGGAAAAAGAUGGACACGUUGAUCUUUUCAGGGCCACUCAAAUCAUCAAGGGGCUCAACCCUGGAAUGAAAGAGGCAAUGAUAGAACUCAAAUUCAAAGAACUCCAGAAAGCCAAAGACCAAUACGGUGAAGCGAUCAACAUGGACACAUUUGUGGAGGCCUACUGCGAGCUUUGCACGCGUCCGGAAAUUUUCUUCUUGCUGAUGCAGUACUCCAGUAACAAGGAGUACUUGGACUGUAAAGACCUUAUGUUAUUCGUGGAGGUGGAGCAAGGUGUAGAAGGUGUGACGGAGGACACGUGUAGGGAUAUGGUUCUAAGAUACGAGCCCACGGCGGAAGGCAGGGAACAGAUUUACCUCUCCAUUGAUGGCUUCACGCAUUACCUCCUCUCGUCCGAGUGCCACAUCUUCGACCCGCAGCACAAGCGGGUGUGCCAGGAUAUGACUCAACCCUUGUCCCACUACUACAUCAACUCUUCACAUAAUGCCUCUCUUCUGGAAGAUCACUUCUGGGGUUCCUCCGACAUCAGUAGUUACAUUCGCGUUCUGCGGAUGGGCUGCCGCAGCAUCGAGGUCGUCGUCUGGGACGGUCCCGAUAAUGAGCCGGUGGUGUACGUCGGUAGUUCCGUGGCCUCGCAGCUGGCAUUCUCCAAGGUCCUGGAUAUCGUCAACCAAUAUGCUUUUGAGAGCUCCGAGUAUCCGCUCAUCCUCUGCUUAGUUGCUCAUUGCUCCGUCUCUCAGCAGAAGGUCAUGGCCCAACAUAUGAAAAAAGUUCUCGGGGACAAACUGUAUGUGGAUUCCCCCAACAAAGAAGAAAACUAUCUGCCCUCUCCUGAGACACUCAAAGGGAAAAUCCUUCUCAAGGGUAAGAGACUCGAGCACGGUUGCACAGAACCCGAAGGUGAUGUGACUGAAGAGGAAGAAGGUUUCGAAAUGUCCAGAAGAGUCAGAGUAGAAGAUAGAGACCAACUAAACGGUUGUAAAAGUCUCCGUCUGUGCAAGGAGCUCUCUGAGCUCGUGUCUCUUUGUAAAUCGGUCCAGUUCCGAGACUUUGAGACGUCAAAAAGGGACCAGAAAUAUUGGGAGAUUUGCUCCUUCAACGAGGUCGACGCCAACAGAUUCGCCAAUGAGUUUCCGGAGGAGUUUGUCUGCUACAACAAGCGUUUCCUCUCCAGGGUUUACCCCACCCCGAUGCGGAUCGACGCCAGUAACAUGAACCCGCAAGAUUUCUGGAAAUGCGGCUGCCAAAUCGUCGCCAUGAACUACCAAACGCCCGGCCUGAUGAUGGACCUCAACCUCGGCUGGUUUCGACAAAACGGUAACUGCGGUUACGUGUUGAGGCCGGCCAUCAUGAGAGAGGAGGUGUCCUACUUCAGCGCCAACGCUCGGGAUUCCUUGCCCGGGGUUUCCGCCCAGCUCCUUCACAUGAAAGUCAUCAGCGGGCAGAACCUCCCCAAGCCUCGCGGUUCGGCGGCCAAGGGCGACGUGGUGGAACCGUACAUAUACGUGGAGAUCCACGGCAUCCCGGCCGAUUGUGCCGAGCAAAGAACCAAAACCGUGUCCCAAAACGGCGACAACCCCAUUUUUGAUGAGAGUUUUGAAUUCCAGAUCAAUUUACCCGAAUUGGCCGUCCUGCGUUUCGUGGUGUUGGACGACGACUAUAUCGGAGACGAGUUCAUCGGCCAGUACACCAUCCCGUUUGAGUGCUUGCAGCCCGGGUACAGGCACGUCCCGCUACAGUCGCUGACGGGAGAGUUCUUACCCAACACCACGCUCUUCGUCCACGUGGCCAUCACAAACAGACGGGGAGGCGGCAAGGCCCAUAAGAGAGGAAUUUCAGUCAGGAAAGGUCGCAAAGCCCGCGAAUACACCAAUACCAAAACCACCGGGAUCAAAGUGGUGGACGAACUUUUCCGAGCAUCCACCCAACCACUUCGGGAGGCCACGGACCUCCGAGAAAAUGUCCAGAACGCCAUGGUGUCCUUCAAGGAGCUCUGCGGUCUGACGCCGGCCGCCAACAUGAAGCAGUGCAUCUUGACCGUGUCCACCUGGCUGAUGAACAGCGAGCGCUCACUUCGGGUGACGGUGGACCUGAGCGAGACCUACCCCACCAUGGAAGCUCAGGGUCUGGUGCCCGAGCUGCUGCGCAAGGUCCUCAACGCCUACGACAUGAUGAUCCAGACGAGCAGAACGCUGAUCGAAUCGGCAGACGGCGUCUACUGCAAACUUGUGCAAGCACAGCGCGCAGGUCUGGACUUCCACGAGGACCUGCACCGCAUCGGUGUCAAGGAGGGCUUGAAGGGUCGCAAACUCCAGAAGGCCAUGGAGAGCUACGCCUGGAACAUCACCGUGCUCAAGGGCCAGGCGGACCUAUUGAAGCACGCCAAGAGUGAGGCACUGGACACUUUCCGUCAGAUCCACUGCGCAGCUCAGUCCUGCGGCCUCAGUAAAAAUGGCGCAGCCUCCCCUCAGCUGCAACAUCACCCGCCUUAUCUCCACCAACACCCGACGCAGCCUCAGGCCAAGGCCUCACCGCUGCCGUCCCCCUCGCAACCCCAACCUUGGACUGCUCAUUCUCCACUCCCGCUGUUCCAAAGUGUUCCGAAACCACCUGCUUACACGCCCCCUCCAGCUUUGCCGCCACACUUCCAGUUUGAGCAGCAAAGAGCAGCCGGACCAUUGGACUCAAUCACGGAGAAGGAGACAUUCAGCGACGAGCCGGCCGGACCGGGACACUGCUGACCCGCAGCCUGUGCCCACGGAGACGAGCACCCGAGAGAGGAUAAAAAAAAUGAGGGGAAACAUCUGGAGGCAAGCGGUCAAGAAAAGGAGAUGAUAAAGAGGAAGACCCGCCGCACUAGGAGUGAAACACAAGUGUGAAGGUUAGACUUGAGAGAGCAGAAGAAGAAGAUGUCAAUUUUCACUUUCACGCUUCGCACAUGUUUUCUUCUUCUGCUAUCUCCAAAGUUCUCUCUCGGGGUGCCAUCGUUUUCCCACACACCUUCUAUUCUUCCACUCUGUGGGUACAGGCUGCACCUCAUGACCGCUUUCCUACGUGGUCACACUUUGCCUCUGCAUUUUUAUUUCUUAACAAUUUUCAGUCCUCUGAUUUGUUUGCCCUGAGGAACACUUCGGGAAUCAUUCCUUUUUUUUUUAGUUUCAACAUCUUGGGCAACAACCACAAUCAGAAAAUAUGAUUCAACACAAAUUAUAGUGACUCUUGAUGUGAACUAUUUAAAUUGUAAGAAGGACUGAUUCUAAUUGUUUGUGGUUCUGUCUAUUUUUAAGAGUUUUAAUUCUACGUUAUUGUCUGGACAGUCGCCGCAUGGGUGGACUGCAAUGAGGGAAUUACGGGUCCGCGCCACAGCACCCAGGGUCCACAAAACAU